CUCAUAUUGUCACUAUUUAACAAGGUCCUAUAGUAUUCUAAGGCAAGAAGGACCAAAUGUCACCAAGACGCAAAUCCAUAAUAAAUCUCAGUAGGAGCGUGCGGCAUGAGCAAGACCGCGAUGACUCUGCUGCUCUCGAGUUGGAGAGGUUGGAGCAGGAAACUACACUCGUACUCCAGGAAAUUGACCAUAAUCUCUCGCGCGCAAAUUCAGUAAUUAAUGACAAGAUGUUCCCGGUUUUGAAGAAGUAUUCUGCAGCGACAGGCAAGAUAUGGGAAAAUGUCGGGUUUUGGAAACACUUCAUGGAAGAGGCAGCUGACGUAGAGGUGAAGACCUCGGCCGACAUGAUUGGAUCUGACAAAGGCUAUGCAAAGUCCCCAGAGCCGAAGACUUCUAGAGCCGAAGAAGACAUUCCAAAGGAGGUAGUGCCAGAUCCAGUUUCAGAUGAUAGCUCGAGCUCGCUUGGACAAAUCCAGGCAUCUACUCCCCAACAGGCUCGUUCACGAGCCCUGAUAUUGUCAUCACACGAUGAAAACACACCUCGAAUCAUUCUGCGUAGACCUCUAUCUGCUUUUCGCCGUCUUCCAAGCUCUCUGAACAAGAGCACUCCACUGAGGGGACAGUCUGAGACAGAGGCCCGCAGGCUGUCACUCAUAUUAAAACAUUUGAACUCCUCCCCGACCCUACCGGAGCCGCCAGUUCUAAUGAGCGAAAUUGGAAAGAUGAAAUCAGGCAGCAGUCCAAGGCCCGUGAAAGCAUCACCCGUCGACCAGCACAUUUCGUCGAGUGACUCUGAUGAUUUGGGUUUGGGGAGGCUUCUGCCUGUAUUACUUCCGUCUAUAAAAUUGACGCCCAAAGCAACUAACCUGGCUGAUUCCAUGGGAAAAUCUGCGCAACGUUUUCCAAACACGCCAGUAUAUGGGUCGUCUGCUUUAAGACACCAAACCGAUCGAAGCUCCUUGGUGUCUCCAGUCCAAAGAGGUUACGCGGAAUCAAAUUCCCUGAAUAGAGAUGAAAUACCUAUUCCUUCACCUGCUGCAGUCACUCUACUACGAGAUGAUGACAGUGAUGAAAUUGCUGCGCCUCAAUUGCUAUCAUUACGAAAAACAGGCAACAAACGCGACAGAGUCGGAGAAGAAUCAAAUUCACGCAAGAAGAGAAACAUUUCUCAUGAUGACAACGAAAACGUUUUUUUGGAUCAGAGUAAUAUCAACAAGAGUACUUCAACAAUUUAUCAUACUAUGGUUCACGACCCCGUUGAAAAGCAGGGAAGCACGAAAGAACCCAACUCUGAGACGAUGUCACAAAUAUUUGAAAGAGUUAUCUUGGCUGGACCAAGUGCUGUAACUCUGAAUACUCCCAAUAGGAAUGAAGAUAAUUCCGGGAAGACUGAGAACAUCAAUCCAAGUGUCCCCGGACCCGAAACAAACAAGGAAGCGUCAGCAGACUCGAGAUCAGAACCCACUGAGAACUUGUCACAAAUUGCUAAUAGCUCUGAUAUGGACUCAUUUUUCAGGGAAAAAUGGAAAUCAAUAACGAGUAAUUUGAGAAAAUAAGCUGCAUUUUACAACCAAGAUAGUUUUUACGUAUUUCCAUCUUCUGCCUGAAAUCACUCAUAUAUAUUUAGGCUUGGCCUUUCCAUUGCACGUGGUUUGACUUGAAAUGUAGAGGAAAUUUGGCAAGCGAAAGUAUCGAUUGAAGUGUGCCCGAUGACAUGUUAUGUCUGCCGAAUCUUAUCCCGGCCAGAGCGAAAAAGAAUAUGCCCGCGACAAGAAGUUGCGGUAUCAAUUAAGAAUAAUAUAUAUUAAUCACUUAUUAU